AGCGGAACUUCUGAAUUGCACAGAAACAAAUAGCGGACCGCAAUGACGCAAGGACUGCGUUGUCGAUCACAUUUAAAAGUAACACCAGCAGGAUCCAUGUGAGGCAGUGACAGCGCUGCGUUGGCCACUGAGAUGCAGCGGCUGUAUGUCGGUGGGUUGAGCCACACGAUCACCCAGAAAGAUCUGAAGGAUCGAUUUGGAAAGUUUGGAGGCGUGGAGGAUGUGGAGCUCCGGACAAGGAAGGAUGAUGACGGUGUUCCCUACAAAACAUUUGCGUAUAUCAACAUGAAGAUUUCUGACACUGAUCUGAAAAAGUGUAUGACAGUGUUGAACAAGUCCAAAUGGAAAGGAGGAACUUUGCAGAUUGAACCGGCUAAGGAGAGCUUUCUGCACAGACUGGCUCAGGAGAGGCAGGCGGAGUCGCAACGCCCCCAGCAGCCUGCAGAAUGCCCGCAUUCACAGAAGGUGCUGGAGUCGCUCAGCCAAGCCGGUGUGGACAACUUCACCAUGAAGGCUGCAGUGCCUGGGACAGAAAUACCAGGACACAAGGACUGGGUGGUCAGUAAAUUUGGACGAGUCCUCCCCGUCUUGCAGCUCAAGGGUCGGAAAGGAAACAAAUCUCGAACGCUCAAGUACGACCCGUCCAAGUACUGCCACAACAUCCGCAGGUUGGCCCAGCCUGACGUAGACCACCCCACCCCCGUCACCCAGCUUACCUGGGAGGUCGACGGGGGAGACGAUGACAUCAGCAGGAAGAGAAGGGGCGAGUUCCCGGCAUACAAGUCGCCGAGACCCAAGAAAAGUCGGACAGAUGCGGUCGUCUCCCAUAAAGCUGUGAGCACAAGCAGACCAGCUCAGCCUGUCGUCACCCAAUCAGAGACUCAUCAGCUGACCAACGGAUUUAAGGCGGUCAGCAAUCCCAGGCCGCCUCAGAAGAGAGGUCCGCGUUUUGCGGACAGUGAUGUGGACUCCGAAGAGGAGAUACGUCAUCUGGUGGCGCUUCAGCAGCCUUCCCAUGAUGCAGUGUGGCCGGACGGGCAGGAUGAGAACCUGGAGGUGGUCGGCUGUGAUUACUUAAACUUCCAGAAGCAGCAGCAGCAUGCAGGCCGGCCGCCCAAAGAGGAGGAGGAUUACGACUCUGAUGACACAGAUGAACUCUUCGCUUCGAGGAAACCUCCUCUUCCUCCAACAGAAAAACUUCCUCAGCCAAAUGCUGACAACAUUUUAGAGAGGACGGAGGAAAAGAAGAAAAAAGCGAAGAGGAAAACGACUACGGGAGAGGAAGAGGACUCUUCUGGAAAGGCCGAGUUUGCACAGCGGAGGCAGAAACAAGAGCUGAACAGUAGCUCUGUGAAUCCCACGGAGACGACCGAGGACGAGGACUCUGAUUAUUCAGAUUCAGAUUAUGAGGCCAUGUUUUCCAACGUCACCCAUCUGGAGAUCUCCCUGGCUGAUCUUCAGAAUAUAGCGGAGCAAGUCCAGGAGACGCCUAAGACUCCAACUCCUGCCGCAAAACUCACACCUGCGCGGAAACAUGUCCUUAAAAAAGGCAUCUUGCCCGAAGAGAUUCUCGCCUCGCUUCUGAAGGGGCACAGUAGCGAUGACGAACAGAAGAGGAAAAACAAGGCGUUGCCAGCCUUUCAGGGAACAAGAAAGCUGAACUCGGGAUCCCAAACUGACAAGUGUGGCAGGACGAUUAUAAAAACACCUGAUCCUGAAGACGUGUCUGAAAGUUCUAAAUUGGACUCUGAGUUGGGCGAGGAUACCAAAGACUUUAAUACUCCAAAAGUUUUUAAAACUAAGGUUUGUUCGCCACCUAAGCAAACGGAGACCUGUUCCACCACUGAUGAGGACAAAGAAGACAAUGAUAUGAUGAAGACCAGUCCGUCUAUUCAGUCCUCAUCCUCUGCUUCACACAGCGAGGAGGAGGAAGAUGCAUCUCAGGAGGAAGAGGAGCGACAGAGAAAGGACAACACAAAGAGGCCAGCUGCAGUGGUAGAGCUGGGCGAGGAGGACAAAGCCUUUAAUACCCCCCAAGUUUUACAAAAGGCGUCAACUAAAGCUUGUGCACCUUCAAAGCAAACUGAGACUUGUUCCACCUCUAGUGAGGAGGAAGAAGACAAUGAGAUGAUGAAGACCAGUCCGUCUACUCAGUCCUCUUCAUCCUCUGCGGAAGAUGCUGGGGAAGCCUCGUCAUCCUCAGCUUCACACAGCGAGGAGGAGGAGGAGGAGGAGGAAGUUGUGCCUCAGAAGAAAGAGGAGCGACUGAGAAAGGACAACACGAGGAGGCCGGCUGCAGUGGACUUUGAAGUAGACCUCGGCGAGGAGGACAAAGCCUUUAAUACUCCCAAAGUUUUACGAACUAAGGUUUGUACACCAUCAAAGCAAACGGAGACCUGUUCCACCUCGGGUGAGGACGAAGAAGACGUUGAGAUUCAGUCCUCUGCGGAAGAUGCUGUGAAAGCCUCGCCAUCCGCUGCUUCACACAGCGAGGAGAAGGAGGAGGAGGAAGUUGCGUCUUUAUCCUCUGCGGAAGAUGCUGUAAAAGCCUCGCCAUCUUCUGCUUCACACAGCGAGGAUAAGAAGGAGGAGGAAGUUGCGUCUUCAUCCUCUGUGGAAGAUGCUGUAAAAGCCUCGCCAUCCUCUGCUUCACACAGCGAGGAGGAGGAGGAGGAGGAGGAAGUUGCGUCUAAGGAGGAAGGGGAGCGACGGAGAAAGGACAACACAAGGAGGCCGGCUGCAGUGGACUCUGAAGUAGACCUGGGCGAGCAGGACAAAGCCUUUAAUACUCCCAAAGUUUUACGAACUAAGGUUUGUGCACCAUCAAAGCAAACGGAGACCUGUUCCACCUCGAGUGAGGACGAAGAAGACCGUGAGAGUCAGUCCUCUGUAGAAGGUGCUGUGAAAGCCUCGCCAUCUUCUGCUUCACACAUCGAGGAGGAGGAUGAGGAGGAGGAGGAGAAGGUGGAGGAGGAGGAGGAGGAGGAAGUUGCGUCUAAGGAGGAAGGGGAGCGACGGAGAAAGGACAACACGAGGAGGCCGGCUGCAGCGGACUCUGAAGUAGACCUGGGCGAGGAGAACAAAGCCUUUAAUACUCCAAAAGUUUUACAAAAGGCGUCAACUCAAGUUUGUGCACUUUCAAAGCAAACUGAGACCUCUUCCACCUCUAGUGAGGACGAAGAAGAAGACGAUGAGAUUCAGUCCUCUUCGUCCUCUGCGGAAGAUGCUGUGAAAGGAUCGUCGUCGUCUGCUUCACACAGCGAGGAUGAAGAGGAGGAGGAGAAAGUUGCACCUCGUCCUCAGCUAAGCGCUCAGGAGGAAGAGGAGCGACAGAGAAAGGACAACACAAGGAGACUGGCUGCAGUGCAGCAGAGGCAGAAGGAAGCUGAAGAACUCAAGAAGCUGAUCCAGGGGGCGCUAGCUAAUGUGGACGCUAAGCCUCAAAGAACAGGAAAACACAUCGUCUUUGACUCCGAUGCUGACGACGAUGACAAUGAUGAUGAUGAAGAUGAGCAGGUAGCGGUGGCAGCCUCGAAGAAGUCGCUGCUUCAAAACAGCCAAUCAGAGGACAAGGCAUCAGGCGAGGAGGAGGCAGCAGCCAAUAACUGCCACCCAAUCAAAGACAAGGGGCAUCUGAAAAAAUCGGGCCCUCAGUUGUUCGGCAGCAGUGAAGAUGAGGAUGAGGACGGGAAUGAAGAGGAGGAUCAGAACAGGUUCGACGUCAGGCCUCAGUUCGAGGGUCCAGCUGGACAGAAGCUGAUGGAGCUGCAGUCUCGCUUUGGGACGGACGAGCGUUUUCGGAUGGACUCUCGCUUCCUGGAAGAGGAGGUUGAGGAGGACGCCGACAUGGUGGAAGCAGCGACCGUUGAAGUCUCGGAGGAGAAGACGAACUUGGCCGCCGAUGACGACCAGGCUCUGCAGGAGGAGAAGAAGAGGAACAUGUCCAUCCUGCACAAGGUUCUCGGACUUCAUCCCCCCACCGGCAAGACCAAGACCUUCAGAGACGUGACGGCGCUUCACUACGACCCCAGCAAAGAGGAACACGCCGCUUUUGAGACCAAAACAGAACGUAUCAAGAAGAACAGCAAGUCGGCCCGGAGGAAGAAGAGGGAAGAGGCUCAGAAACUUCCAGAAGUUUCCAAGGAGAUCUUCUACGACGUGACCGGUGACCUGAAGGCCAUGUUCGGUCAGACGAACGAUGCAGAGGAAGUAAAGACAAACUGGGACCAAGUCCAGGGAGAUGUUGGUGGAGGAGGAGAGGAUCCAGAAGAGCCUGCACCUGUGACAUCUUUGGUAUUAACGGAUGCCAGCGCAGGAAAAGAGGACCCUUCCGGAUUUACCUUCUCCUUCUUCGGCAACGACUUAGAGACUGAAAGUGAACACACAGUGCCAGCUGAGUAUAAGGUGGAGAGCAUCCAGGCUGCAAAGGUGUCAUGGCAACAAGACCCCCACUUAAAAGACAGCAGCUCAGAGGAGGAGGAGGUGGAGAAGGCGGAGAAGGCAGAGGAAAAGGAGAAAAGCAUCCCUGUACCUAAAAUCACUCAAGAGGAAACUCCUCCCUUGAAGGACAUGUUCUUCUUCCACCUCAAUGACAGCAGAUUGUUAGAGGGCCCGCAGUGGUUCCGUCGUUCUUCUCAGCUGGAGCAGGAGAGAGAGCAGUGGCAAGAGAGGGCCAUGGUGCUUAAAGAGGAGUGCCGCAAGAAACACAGGAAUGCACUCAGGAAGGUCAAACCUCGACAAAAAAGAUGAGGUUUUUUCUGGUGUUUUUGCCUGAACACAACUUAAGAAUCAUGAAACCGGAGUUGACAAAUGUUUUUAGAUAUAUACGGUCGGUCUCUUUUGGAUUAUAGCGAGAAACUAAACAAAAGCCACACCCAUCUCAUUUUUGGACAAAUUUUAUUUUGUGCAUAUAUUAGCCGCACAAGUCUAUUAGCUGCAUUAGAGCAUGAAAUAUUUACACAGGCACUUAUCUUCUCACAAAAUACAGUGCCUGUCACAAGGAGAGGUCAUUCAGGACGGUCUUUGUCCUCUUCCAGUUCGCUCAAACCGCCGAAGUCAUCUUAUUUGACUUGUAUUGUAAUUUUUUCAGCACGAUGAGGGUGAGUCCGUAACGCGCCCAAUGGCUGACCGAAUGAUUGUGUUUUGUUUAAUCUGAACAUUUUCACUGGUCCACCGUGACCCGUUUCAUUGGUCUGAUGUGACCAGGCUAAAUUUAUUGGCGGCAAGUGAAGCUCAUCAACCCGUAAAAUUCCAUAUGAUUUAAGCGCAGGGUGCAAAGCUCGGGAAAAAGUGAGCGGUUUAAGGUCUGCAAAUUACGGUAAAUGCUAUAAUUUGGGGGUUUCAUGAGGAUGCUUCUGAGAAAAACACCCACAAGGAACACAAACUUCCUUUCUGAGCUCAUGAAAUUAUAAAAUAAAUGUUAUAUAAGGUGUGACAAUACAUGUAUUUUCAUAAGCCUGUUAAUUUAUCUUAUAACAGUUUUUUGUCAUUUUAUUUCUCCUCCAUUGACAGAAUUUCAACCAUAAUUUUUACUUUGUUUGUGCCAUCAUACUUGAUAACCAGCAAGUUAGCUUGCUCGCGUCUAACAUCAUGUCAAAAAUAAAAGAUUGAAAUGUU